UCUGAACAGAAGAGUGACCCUUACAUCUGUCAGGCUGGGCAUAAAGCUCUAUGUGGGGUCUAUACAAUCAUUACCACUGCCGUCCUCUGUGCCACAUCUGAACAGAAGAGUGACCCUUGCGUCUGUCAGGCUGGGCAUAAAGAUCUAUGUGUGGUUUAUACAAUCAUUACCACUGCCGUCCUCUGUGCCACAUUUGAACAGAAGAGUGACCCUUGCGCCUGUCAGGCUUUGCAUAAAGAUCUAUGUGUGGUUUAUACAAUCAUUACCACUGCCGUCCUCUGUGCCACAUCUGAACAGAAGAGUGACCCUUGCGUCUGUCAGGCUGGACAUAAAAUGCUGGCUGUUUGUUUACUAUUGUUUCUAACUGUAUACGUUGGAUUUGGUGUCACAAAUAAAAACAUUUCAGAAACCUUUUGUUAUCCCGAGAAGGUGGUGAAUGGUUAUAUUAUAAACCCUAAAGAUGUCUACAGAGAGGGCGACAGCAUCGAGCUACAGUGUAACCAGGGAUAUACAAUCGAAGAAGACCCAGAUGAGCCGCGGAUGUGCACAAGCAAGGGCUGGUUCCCUCCACUGAAAUGUGCUAGUGUAACCUGUGACAGAAUACACAUAGAAAAUGGAGAUUUGUCCCUUUAUUUUGCUGACAAAUUGCCAAGACUAUCAUAUUUUACAGCGGAUUUCCAGUGUCAUUAUGGUUAUCUUAAUUCAAAUAGGGUUCAAGAUGGAAGACUCUUCUGCACUAAAACAGGAUGGUUAUCCAUACCGAAGUGUUUCCGAUCAUGCAAAAUAGAUCUACUGAAAAAUGCUUUCAUUUGGGGGGAAAUAUAUUUUCCGAUGAGUGGAGAGAAAGUAUACUACAAGUGUGACGCAGGAUUUGUAGCUCCAGAUGGGACAGAUAUUGUGGAGGUGGAAUGUCUCCCUAACGGACGAGUUACUCAAGGGAGAUGCAUAAAGACCUGCGACAAACCAGCUUUAGAUAACGGAUAUUAUCAGCCAGAUAAAAGUAUUUUUUUACUUGGAGAAUAUUUACAAUAUCAAUGUGAUGAAGGAUACAGGAGCCCAAAGGGAAAUAUGGUUGAGAUAUCCCAAUGUCUUCACCAAGGGUGGUCUAUAACCCCACAGUGCACUGAAUUCAAUUGCUCAGUAACUGAAGGAGGCAGAUUGAUGUCUUCAAAGUAUAAAAGUAAAGCUGGUGAAGUUGCGCACUUUUCAUGCACUCUUGGCUACAGAUUAUCAGGCGCAGAAGCCAGUCAGUGUUAUUAUUAUGGAUGGGAUCCACCGCUGCCUACGUGUCAAAAAACUGAGUGCACCAUUGAAAUUUCAAACAUUUUAACACGGCCAAAUAGAACACGUUUUAAACAGAAUCAAUAUGCGUCAUUUUCCUGUAACAAAGGAUUCAAGUUGCACGGGUCCCAAAGGAGUUAUUGUACUUAUUUGGGUUGGUACCCACCAUUGCCAUCAUGUCACGAUGAAAACACCUUUAAAUCUGUUCAUCAGCCUCAUACAGAUUUUGUUAAUGAAUCAGAGAUGCCAUCUCAAUGCCCACCAGCUCCUCAUCCAAAAAAUUCCAAAAUAAAGGAUCCAAAGAGACGAUAUUUUAAUGGAGAUACUGUAGAUGUAAUAUGUAAUCCUGGAUAUAAAUGUUAUGGAUUGGGACAUAUUCACUGUGAGAAGGGAAAAUGGCAAGCUUCACCUCAAUGCGUCAAAUUACAGAGAUGUGAUGAUCUCCCCAAUAUUAAAAAUGGUAAAAUAACUGAGGAAUCCAUCCAAGCUGAGUAUUUAUCAGAUAGUGUGGUGACAUUCAAGUGUGAUCCUGGGUACCAUUUAGUUGGAUCCAAUGAAAGUGUUUGUAUUAAAGGACACUGGACCCCACCUCCUAUUUGUACAGAGAAACCAUGUGGCCCAGCUCCAAAUGUACAGUUUGGAUCUUUUCAAGGUAAAAAAUCAUACUAUUGGCACGGAGACACUGUGCAAUGUGAGUGUGAUGAUGGUUACAAGCUGGAUAGAAAAGAGGAAGCAAAAUGUGUCAGCGGUGAAUGGACCAAUGUCCCAAAAUGUGUCUUUACGGAUUGUGAAAGCCCACCAAGUAUUGACAACGGAGCGAAUAAAGACACUCGAUGGAGGUACCAAACUGGGGACAGAGUGCGAUAUCAGUGUGACUAUGGUUACGCUUUUGAAGGAAAUAAGGAUGAGGCACUAUGUAAGGAUCGUCAAUGGAAAAAGAUUCCAGUUUGCAAAUUACCAGAACUCGCCUGUGGUAAACCACCAGAAAUACAAAAUGGAGACCUUAUGGGAGAAAAGAAACAAAACUACAGUUUAAACUCGAAAGUGAAAUACGUGUGUCAAAAAAAUUAUGUUCUUCAUGAAUCUGAUGAGAUUAUAUGUGAGAAUGGCGUAUGGGAAAAUUUACCUGUUUGCCUAGAGCCGUGCACGUUAGACAAGAGUCUAAUGGCAGCAAAUUAUUUACAGCUGCACACAGAGGACAUCUACAAACAUGAAGAUUAUGUGGAGUUUAGGUGUUUACCUGGAUAUGAAGUGUCUGGUAAAAACCUGGUUCGGACACAUUGUAACAGAGGAAUACUGAAAUAUCCAGAAUGUACUAAGAUUGAUAAUUAUAACUAUAUACUCUGUCUUAAUCCUUUUAUACAAAACAUCCAAGGCACUGUGCACAACAAAUCAAUAUUUGGCAUUUGGAACCAGCUACAGCAAGGAUCUUGUGUAUUAUCAAAAACGAUAAUGGAGGAAAACAACAUUUUCCUCAAUGGGUCACUGGUGGUUGAAGAUGGAGAAUCUGUAGAGUUUGAGUGUUAUGAAGGAAUGUUUCCUGAGAACAACUUAACAGCUACAUGCCAAGCCAGGAAUAUAAAUUACCCAGAAUGUCUAAAGGAAAAAAAAUGCAGCUCUGCUCCACAGAUUGCAAAUGGAUAUCCUAAAACCCAACAAGAAGGCAGCUAUGAUACUGGUGUAUCCGUGGAAUAUGAAUGUGACCAAAAUUAUGAGCUGAUUGGGUCUAUCGUUGUGACAUGUAUGGAUGAUCAUGGGCAGACAGGUUCUUUAAAAACCACUGAUCCUAUCUUAGAGUCAUUAGAAGAAUUUUUUAAGGCUAUGUCUGUUUUGUACGAAGACAGUAACACUCAAAUCACUGCCGAAAAUAAUCUAAGGACUCUGAGACAAGGAAAAAGACCAGUGGAAGAUUACGUGGCAGAAUUCCAGUUAUGGGUCACGGAUUCACAAUGGAAUUCUUGGGAUCAACAUCUUCUCAAGAACGUGGCUAUGAUUGAUUCUGGUGCUUACAGAAUGUUCAUGGAUAAAAACCUUGUAACUGUAAAUAAAAUUCCUUGUGUGCUUAAGCAAAACCCAGUGCUUGUGAAAGUCAUUGAUGGUUCCACUUACUUAAAAGGGCCUAUAACGCACCAUACAAUACCCCUCUUAGUUACAACUGAUACAGGUCAUAAGGAGUAUAUCACAUUUGACAUAAUCCCAAGUUCUUUACACCCCAUCAUUCUGGGAUUCCCAUGGUUACAUAAACACAACCCAGUAAUAGAUUGGUGUAAAAACACUUACAUCUUUAAUUCACCUUACUGUACCUCCACAUGUUAUCCAUAUGUAGAGAUAAAACUUGCACAAAAACAAAUACCCUCAGAGUAUUCCGAUUUCUCUGAUGUUUUUAACCUCAAGAAAGCAGAAAAUCUGCCUCCACACCGUCCCUAUGACUGUCCCAUUGACACCAAACCAGUUAUAUAUCUAGAUGAUAUAUUAAUUUUCUCCAAGAAUUUCACUGAACAUGUUAAGCAUGUAAGAUGGGUCCUAACAAGACUAAGAGAAUAUCAUUUAUAUGCCAAAGCAGAGAAAUGUGAAUUCCACGCAAAAACUAUUAAAUUUCUUGGAUACAUCAUCACCCCAAACGAAAUCCUUAUGGAUCCCGAUAAGGUUGAAGCUGUAUUAAAAUGGCCAACUCCCACCACGCUUAAAUCUCUACAGAGAUUCUUAGGAUUCUCGAAUUUUUAUAGAAAAUUCAUACAGGGGUUUUCAACAAUAGUUCAACCUUUAACUAAGCUCACUGGGAAACAAAAGUUCAUAUGGACCGAAGCUGCUCAGGAUGCAUUUGACUAUUUAAAGAAAAGUUUUUCUACUGCACCAGUUCUACAACUACCAAACUCUGAUUCUCAGUUCACCUUAGAAGUGGAUGCUUCUAACGUAGGUCUUGGAGCUAUACUGUCUCAACAACGCAAAGGAUCUCAAGAGCGACAUCCUGUUGCUUAUUAUUCUCGACUACUUACCACGGCUGAAAGAAAUUAUUCAGUUGGUGAUCUGGAACUUCUAGCCAUAAAAAGUGCCCUUGACCAUUGGAGACACCUGCUAGAAGGGACAGAGGAACCUUUUCAAGUACUAACUGACCAUAAGAAUCUACAAUAUCUGAAAAGAAACAAGACUCUAUCAUCAAGACAAGUACGAUGGUCACUGUUUUUUGAUUGUUUUAAUUUUCAGCUAAGUUACAGACCAGGGUCAAGGAACACUCAGGCAGAUGCUCUCUCACGAUCACUUACUUCCCACAAUGACUCAGAGGAAGCCAGGCCUAUCAUUCCUUCACACAAAUUCCUAGCAACUGCAACCACUUUUUUAUCAGACUUACAAUCUGCUCAAGACUUGGACACUUCCAUACCUGUUUCAUUCCUUCACAAUCGUCUCAUUUAUGUGCCUUCAGCUUUAUGCACAGUACUCCUUCAACAUCAUCAUGACUCCCCGUUGUCUGGUCAUCCAGGUAUAACUAAAACUCAUGAGCUUUUAAGCAGACAAUACUGGUGGCCUAAUUUGAAACAGGAUAUUAUUGGAUAUAUACAAAAUUGUCAUGUCUGUGCAAGAAACAAAAAAGCACAUCACAAACCUUUUGGUUUAUUAAACCCUUUACCCGUUCCAGAUGUUCCAUGGACAAUGAUCGCGAUGGAUUUUAUCGUGGAUUUGCCUAACUCAAAUAACUUCACAACCAUAAUGGUAGUGGUUGAUCAUCUGACUCGUUUGGCACAUUUCGUACCUCUAAAAAAGAUUCCCAAUGCCAUAACAACCGCCAAAGUCUUCUUUUCAGAGAGGAUACAGACAGAAGCUCACCCUUUGCAGUCUGACGGCCCUGACAUGAUUCCUCUGAGUUUUCUCAUCUGUGUUGCAGGAUUUGUCCGACUUAGCUCAGCACAAAUAACUCCUACAGUAAAGAAAUGUGGCCCAGCCCCUUCAGUAAAUUAUGGCGAUAUAAUUCAAUUGAGAAAGGAAACGUACACUACAGGAGAGGAAGUGCAGUAUCGGUGCCCAAACUUUUAUGUGCUUCAAGGGAACUCAAGACUCAAAUGUGAGAAUGGAGUAUGGAGCGAACCACCUAUUUGCUUAGAGCCGUGCACAGCCAGGGAACAGGAAAUGAGAGAAAACAACGUUAAGCUGAAAUAUUUAACUACCAGUAAAUUAUAUUCCGAACAUGGGGACUUUGUCUCAUUUACAUGUCUCCCUGGAUAUGAGAUAGAUGACGAAGCUUUACUCAGGGUACAGUGUGACAGAGGGAAGCUGAAAUACCCAAAGUGUGUGGAACCCGUGUUGUGCACCACAGAGAUGAGUGAAAUGAUUGCAAAUAAUAUAGAGCUGAAAUGGAAACCGUCUGGUACAAUAGACGUGAGAAACGGAGACUUUGUGGAAUUUAAUUGUCGACCUGGAUAUGAAAUAUCUGAUUAUAAAUUGCUCAGAGUUAAGUGCAACCUAGGGGUGAUGCAAUAUCCUAAAUGCCUGAAGCCAGUGUUGUGCACCACAGAGAUGAGUGAAAUGAUUGCAAAUAAUAUAGAGCUGAAAUGGAAACCGUCUGGUACAAUAGACGUGAGAAACGGAGACUUUGUGGAAUUUAAUUGUCAACCUGGAUAUGAAAUAUCUGAUUAUAAAUUGCUCAGAGUUAAGUGCAACCUAGGGGUGAUGCAAUAUCCUAAAUGCCUGAAGCCAGUGUUGUGCACCACAGAGAUGAGUGAAAUGAUUGCAAAUAAUAUAGAGCUGAAAUGGAAACCGUCUGGUACAAUAGACGUGAGAAACGGAGACUUUGUGGAAUUUAAUUGUCGACCUGGAUAUGAAAUAUCUGAUUAUAAAUUGCUCAGAGUUCCGUGCAACCUAGGGGUGAUGCAAUAUCCUAAAUGCCUGAAGCCAGGAUCGUGCAUACUUUCUAAAGUGAAGAUGGAGGAAAAUAAUAUCUUCACAAACAGCGGAACUGACAUUGAAAACGGAAAAACAAUUCAGUUUCAGUGUAUUAAAGGAGUAGCUCCUGUGGGCGAUCUAAUAGCUACGUGUAACCAUAAGAAUAUAGACUACCCGAAAUGCGUUGCUGAAAAAAAAUGCAGCGCUUUUCCUAAAUUUGCCAAUGGAAAAGUUAUAAGUGAGCAGGAAGGCUACGGUUCUGGGUCUUCAGUGAAAUUUGAAUGCAAUAAGAAUUUUGUGAUAACUGGGCCCUUACAAGCCACAUGCACUAAUGGAUUGUGGUCGGAUAUACCGCAGUGUCUUGGUCCUUGUACAAUUUCUGAAGAUGAACUCAACCAAAAGAAUAUCCAGCUCCGGAUACCCAGUGAUCUGACUAAAACUCAUGCACAUGGCUCUGAAGUUAAUAUUAAUUGCAAGCCAAGGUUUCGUAGACCAAAUCUACAGUUUCUUACGGGUGAAUGCAUCAACGGAAAUAUGAUUUUUCCAAAGUGUUUUUCUGGACAAAUUUGUCGCUUGAACCAAGAAGCAGUGGAUGAGAACUUCCUGGAACUGCACCCAAUUCAUUAUAGUGAAAUAUAUUAUGGAGAGGGGGAUAUUGUGCAAUUUGUGUGUAAAGACGGCUAUUACAAUGACGAUGACCUGAGCAGCGGCUGUGCUGCAGGACAAAUAACGUAUCCUCAUUGCAAGAGAAAACCAAAUUGUCAUCUAAAUCAAGUCAAACUGGAAGAAAAUUUCCUGGAAUUGGAUCCAUCUCACAUACGCUACAGCAUCUAUGAAGAUGGGGACAAUGUGCAAUUCAUUUGUACACAAGGGUUUUACAAUGACACUGAGCUGAAAGGCAAUUGCUUUAAAGGAGAAAUUUCCUACCCACAAUGCAAGAGGAAAGACAUUUGUCGCCUUGAUGAAGAAAAAAUUGAAGAAAAUUUCCUGGAAAAGGAAUUUGAUGUAACCAUUUAUGAUGGAGACGUCGCGUACUUCAGAUGUAAACCAGGAUUUUAUAGCAACACUGAACUGAAAGCAAUUUGUGCAAAAACAGAACUGUCCUAUCCCCAAUGCAUAAGGAACAAUGCCUGUUAUUUAAAACAAGAACUCCUCGAUAAAAAUAAUUUAGUGCUGCCCCCGCACCGUCAACAUUUAAAGUAUUUAGAGGAUGGAGAACAGAUCCGGUUUUCGUGCAAACCAGGAUAUAAGAUGAGAAGAUGGUUCUUUGACUUGAUUAAAACUUGCCAGAAAGGAACUAUUGCCUAUCCUACGGACGUCUGUGGUUGAGCUAAAUAUAUUGCGCUUCGGGAGAAUUAACAGGAGAAGCAAUUUGGGAUCACUGGAUAAACACAAUGACAAUAUCUGCCGAAGUACAGAAUUAAUUAUCAGCCGAAAACAAGAGCAAGACUCGUAUUAACCCCUCGGACCUUUCCUCUGCAAGAAAAUGACAAAUGCGCAUUCUUUCUACUGAUAUAAUGCGAGUUAUGUGAAUGAUGAGUGACAAGUGACUGUGACAGUCUCACACUGGUAUAGGAUGUGACACUAGACUAUAUGUGACAACAUUUCCCACAACAGUUCGCCUGUGAGAUUGUUAUCUGUCUUAAAACUGUGUAAAAGGGGAAGAUUUCCCACAUCAUGUGAAUAAACCCUUACCUGUAUCUCUGUGGUUAAAGCUGAAAGCAACAAAUAAAUAUAAUAUCGUACAUA